AUGACGGGCCAAGAACAAGGGACAACGCCCAUGACGUUGCCACCGUCAUGGGCCAAGGUUCUCACCACGACAGGUGCCAGCGGCACGCGACAACGACGUGCGAGGUCGACGACGUGCGAGAAUGACGACGACGUGCGAGGUCGACGACGUGCGAGAAUGACGACGACGAUGAUGACACGCGAGCACGACGACACGCGACAACGACAACGAGGACACACGACAACGCCAACGACAUGCGACAACGACACCACACCAGCACGACGAUACGCGACAACGACAAAUGAGUGCCCACCACCGCCAACGCCAACGCAGAACGGCGACGAGCGCCCAGCAGCGGCACGCGACAACGACAACGACAACGUGCGAGGACGACGACGACGUGCGAGAAUGACGACACGCAAGCACGACGACAUGCGACAACGACAACGCGACAACAACGACAACAACGACACAUGA